UUGUCAGAAUGUGCAUAAAAUUGCUGCUGAUGCUGGAGCUGAUGUGUUGCUGACUCUCCUCCUCUGUCUCCUCUCACAGGGAGAAGAUGAUCUGCAGGAUCCUGCUGCUCAUCAUCCUCAACUCAUGUCUCUGUGCAGCAACAUUUGUAGUGAAUGUGACACAGAGCUCCUAUCAGGCAGAGGAGAACCACAGCAUCACUCUGGAGUGGACCUUCACCACCACACCUGAUGAACCCUGGAGAUAUCUGGUCAUCUACUGCAGCUUGUUAACUCCUAGGAAAGAAUUAGUCCUGUAUCGGGUCCAUGAUGGUGUUGAGGUGUCAGAGUCUCAGGAUGAACAGUUUUCAGGACGAGUCCAGAGUGACAAAGACGUCCUCAGAGAAGGACGAAUCAGACUCCAUGUGUCCAGACUGAGGACUGAAGACUCUGGAGAGUAUUACUGUGGUGUGACGACUGAUGAUGGAUCUGGUUCUGCAGGGACCAUCAUUACAGUCACCGAACCAAAGUCAGCCAAAGUGACGAUAUCAGAACGGGUUCUUCACAGGAACCUCAUCAUUCCAGCCCCACAGGAUGAGACCAUCAGUACCGGACGCUGGUUCAGGCUGCCUCUGUGUUUUGCUGUUAUUUCCUUCAUCAUUUCUCUGAAUUUAAUUUUCAUCUUAAAACUUAAAACGGACAAGAAAUUUAAAGAGAAACUGCUGAGACAAGCCUCCACCUUGGAGUCUGGAUGCCUUGCUCAAGAGCAGGUCUGUGUUCAUGUAGAUGGGAGCUCCAUGAGGUCUUCUCUCCUGCAGCUUUCUGAGGGCUCGGAUUCAAACCAGCAACUGCAGCAUCAAGGAAAGCCUGGAGAAGAGCUGAGCCUUCAGUCAGAGGACCAUGGAUGAUGGGUCCAGAAAGACUCAUGAUUUCUCUGCACCUUUAUUUCUCUCAUCAGCUCUGCAGUCCGUCUCCUCAGCAAAUGUUGGAGGAUUUUAACCUAAAACAGCAGAAGACCUGCUGCUUGUUUGACUCUGGACUCUGUUGUUCUACUGGAGCGCCCCCUUCUGGUCGCUGCCAGACUCUACAGGAACCUUCAGACCAACACACAAUCAGAGGUUGUGGAUUUAUCUACAGGAAGUAGACGGGCUAAUUGCAACAUUUAUACAUUUCUACCUCAGAAGAAAUCACACUUCUAAACAAAAGACCUGUGCAGAGACUUUUUCCACAUGUAUAAAUGUCAAGGGAAAAUCUGUAAUAUACCAGUUAAUAGGUUUUGGGUGUAAUUUCCCUCGGCAGCCUCUGACACAUUAACACAUAUUAUACAAGGAGGAGUACGAAUGAUGGACAAUGAAACUAUACAUUACCUGAUAAAAAUUUAGCUGAAAAAAUACAUACAAACGGGCAUCUGGUCAGGAUGCCUCCUGGACGCCUCCCUGGUGAGGUGUUCCGGGCACAUCCCACCGGGAGG